UUAGCAACGAUUUCGCAAUUUAUACUGGUACUGGUGAAAUUUAUCAAAAACCAAAGAGUGCACCGUUAGUGACGUUGGAUUUUGGUUGGCAUUCCGCAGAGUAUGCCUUCCAUCGCCUGAAUUCACCGGAGCCAGAUCAGUGUUCAAUGCCAUACAUUUUGAUACGCGGUAAUUUAGCUUCAUACAGUCAUAAGUAUCCGUUUCGAGUGCUAGUCUCGGGAUUGAAAGCGGCCGAUCUCGAGCAACUGAAUCGUUUCCCGUGCGGAGGGUACAGUGAUGAAUCGACCAUCGUCUAUCUACAGCAUCCUUGUGUGAUCCUGACCGCGUUGGAGGUCCUAGGAUACCGUGUCGUAGCAUCGUCUUCGACAGCAGUUAAGCAAGAUUACAACGAGUACAUGUGGACUAUGCGCAAGGAGUUCCACGAUCCAGAACCGUACGUGUGUGAAACUUCAUCCAACAUAGUGGAACGAGACAAUCUAACCAACAGUGGUCGUGAGGUGAAUAACUAUCCGCCAUUUAAUAAGAUUGACGUACCGGAAUAA